GCUGGCGAAACCUACAUGAUAGGGGCUUUAAGAAGCCGAGGAAUUUUUGUGCAAAGAAGGCGAAUUAGAGAAGCUAUCUACACUGUUGAUCCAGUUAGUCGGGCAUUGAGGCGCCAACAAGCUGUGACCAGGAGAACCUACAAUGUUCCUUGUCCAAAUGCCCUAUGGCAUGUUGACGGCCAUCAUAAACUUAUUCGCUGGAGAUUGGUCAUACAUGGAGGAAUCGAUGGAUUUAGCCGCUGCAUAGUUUAUUUAUGUUGCAAUACCAAUAAUAGGGCAGACACAGUGGCAUCAUUGUUUGUAAAUGCUGUUGAACAUUUUGGCUUACCAUCUCGUGUUAGGUCAGACAUGGGCACUGAGAAUGUGGAUAUAGCAAGGUACAUGUUGCAUCACCCUGAUAGAGGGCCUAACCGAGGGAGUAUGAUCACAGGAAAGAGUGUUCACAACCAGAGGAUUGAGCGCCUCUGGUUGGAUGUGAAAAUGAAUGUGGUUACUUACUAUCGUAACAUAUUUUACUACCUUGAACAAUGCAACCUACUUAAACCCGACAGUGAACACGACUUGUUCAUGUUGCAUUAUGUGUUCUUGCCACGGAUAAACCGGUCUCUGCGCGAAUUAGUAAAUGUCUGGAAUAAUCAUCCUUUGAGCACUGCCGGAAAUCGUUCUCCACUACAGUUAUGGCACUCUGGAAUCAAUGCAGUUACCAACUCUGAUUAUCGUGCUGUUGAUAGUAUCUUUGCAGCCCAGGAGGACUGGAAUGAUUAUGGGAUUGGUGGUGGACCCCCAGUUGGUGGUGACACUGAUAAUUAUGUGGAAGUUCCAGAGGUCAACUUUGAACCCACCCAAGAACAUUUUCAAGAACUGCAAGACCGUGUUAUUCCAUUGUCCGAUGAUGGUAACCAUGGUAUAAACCUAUAUUUGGCUGCUAUCCUCAUAGGUGAGCCCAGAAGUUAAGACU